AUGGAAGCCGUGAUCUCCUCGGCAGGGGCGCAGUGCAAGGUCGGUGCCCGGUGCAAGGUCAGUUCCCAGUGCAAGGUCGGUGCCCCAGCGGGAGAGGAAUUGGGGUGCAGAAGAGCCCUGAAAGUGGUGCUGGAGAAGCUGGAUGAGAGAACAAAACUGGGCCGAGGAAGAAAACCAGAUGACCAGGAGACCAGUCCGCCCUCCCCUAAGGUAGCUCCACAUCCAGCCAGUUCACCCGCUCGUAAAAGGUAUGGCAAAUGCAAAGGGGUCACUCGGAGGAGUGCUGGGAAGAGAGAAGACCCAGGAUCACCGCCGGUUGGUGCAGACAGUGAGGAUGCCACGUGCGGUGACAAGUCACGGGUGCACACGACCUGUACUCCUGCUCCAGCAGAAACGCAAAUAAAGGCAUCACGGAGGUCCAGCGCGUGCCACGGUUUCCCGACACUGUCGGGACACGUGGGUGGGAAAGAGGGCAAGGCAAAGGCGCAGGCCUCCACGGCUACGUCCCGGCGUCCCACAGUCCUGGAGGAGGGGGCAUGUGCUAAAGAUGGACAGGGGGCCCCAUCCCGGCCACGGGGUCUCAUCCCCACUGUGCCCAAAGCUGUGAACGCAGAGGCACAGGACACCUGCCCAAAGACCCUGACUAGUCGCUCUGUGUGCUCUGCCUUCUCAGGGGAUGCUGAGGACCCUGGAGAGGCGGCCUCGAAGCCAGCACUUGAUGGGCUGGAUGACCAGGGGGCAGAAGAGAAGUACCUGCGAGGGCCGCCCGUGCACUACCGUGAGAAAGAACUAGCCAUCUGCCCCACGUGGACGGCAGCUACCUCACUGCAUUCACAGUCCAGCUACUCUCCACCUGGGAGCCAGGCUGACCGCNAGUCUCCUGUCCCCUCCGGGUCCCCUGCCCCCUCCGGGACCCCUGCUGUGAGGCCGCGUUACUCCCUCCGUCUGGCAGAGCGAAGAAGGAAGCUGCAAGUGCUGGUUUCGUCGGAAGGACUGCAAGAACGCCGACCUCCUGCUGACUCGACGGCCAGCAACCCCAUCCUCACGGUUAAAAUGGCUGGCGGCAAACGAGGGGGACAACGUGCCCGCAUGGCUCUGGCACAGGAGCCGCCUCCAAUUGAAAGAGGAACGAUGGUGUGGUUUCAAUUUCAAGACCACCCAUUCUGGCCGGCCGUGGUGCAGAGUGUCAGCGCGUCGCAGAAGACCGCACGGGUGCUCUUGAUUGAGGCAGACCUGCGCCGGGAGAGGAGCGGCCUCCGAGUGCCUCUUCGAAGACUGAAGCACCUGGAUUGCAGAGAGAAAGACAGACUCCUGCAGAGAGCCCGGAGAGUGCACGAGCAAGGGGUCAACUGGUGUUUCUCCCUCAUCUCCCACUACACACGAGCCAUCGGCCGGGGUUCCUUCGUGGGCUCUUUCCUGGACUAUUAUGCCGCCGACGUCAGCUACCCGCUCAGGAAAGCCAUCCAAGAGGGCCCGCUGGAGACCGACUUUCCAAAGGUGAACUAUUCCGACCUGGAGGACUCUGAGGACGAGACCCCCCUGGGCGGGAAGAGGCCCUGCAAGAGGAUUCUCCCCGACAGGAUGAGGGCCACUCGGGACCGGGACAACCGCAAGCUGGUGGACUUCAUCGUGAAGAGAAGGGGGGCCGACAACCACCUCUUGGACAUCUUGAAGGGCAGGAAACAGUCCAGGUGGCUGACGUCAUUUCUGAACUCACCUAGGCACGUGCUCUGCGUUGAAACGUACCUGGAGGAUGAGGACCAGUUGGAUGUGACCCUGACCCUACCCCUACCCCUGACCCUACCCCUAUGCCUAAUCCUGACCCUGACCCUGACCUGA